AUGUUGGAUGGGGCUAGCGUCGUGAAUGGCUUUCUAGAGAAGAUCCUUCGCAAGUGCUCGCAAGAGUUGCGUGGGGUCAAUCGAAGUCAGGUGAAUAUCUACGACCCUCGCGUACCGGAGGAAGACAAGAAACCUCUACGGCUGGCAACUCCACUGGAUGGCCUUGGAGUAAAACUGGAGGAAGCUCUAAUUGUGCAAGUGGAGCUGAACGCGCCGAUCUUUGUUAACCAGAUUUAUCUGCACGGCCUGAGCACGGACUCGCCCCACCUCGAGCGCGAAGAACUUAUGGAAAGAGUGUACACGAGUUUGUGGACGGAUAACAACCGAUUCGUCCUCUUAUCAGCGCCUUCAGCCUCGGGAAAGUCCUCGCUGUUGAUCCUGUAUGCUCAUCGGUACACCCACUUGAACUGCAUGUAUGUUCCACUAAGCCGAGGGGGGCUGUCGGUUAACACAAAGUUGCGGUUGGAAGGACUAGACAUUUUUGAACAAGAAUCGAGCCUCAGUGAAGACCAGCAGCAUGUGAUGCCGGUCGACGGCGCGGAAGAACUGUUCGAUGACAAGGAGUUUUGGAAUAUUCUGAUCACGGAGGCGCCGUCGUGGCUGCCGGACAACGUCCGCUUUAUCAUCUCUGCUGGGACCACGCAAAGAUCUGGAGUCGAGAGCCCCGAGGAGUUUCAAACUAUCGUGACGUUUGAAAGACGUGAUUUCUUGCUUAGUGACGAAGAAGCGAGAAAGUUUUUGGAUUUCCCAGGAAUGGGUUUGCCCGAUCGAUUCAAGAAAGAACAAUUUGUCGAUUUUCUGGUUCGUGAGGCCUGUUGGGCUUGUUAG